AUGGACAACAUACACAACAAAAUAUGUCCUAACUGCAGUCAAAUUUACAAUUUGAAUCUGGUACCAUCGAAGUCCAAGACAAAUUUACCUCUCUUCCUACCAUGUGGUCAUUCCAUGUGUGAGAAUUGCAUUCUCAACAUUAUAAAAUGUAUGGAGCCUAUAGAGUGUAAAGUUUGUCAAACUGAUGUAGACUUCAAAACCGACAAUGCCAUCAUAGUAGUCAAGAAUCCCACUAAACUGCGUGAAUUCUUUCCUGUGAAUGUGUAUAUGGUUGGUGAACUAACUGUCAAUCUCCUGCAGAAAUCAGAUACUACUCAAACAGCAUCGCACGACCAUUUCCUUGAGCUCAAAGCCAUACUAAAAAAUGAGGAUGUUAAAGGACAGUGUUUAGAAUGUCGUGCUACCACAUCAAAAAUGUGCCAACAAUGUGCUACAAUUUUAUGUGACAGUUGUUUUAACAAAUCACAUAAAAAUUUUGUAAUAUUUAGGAAUCAUGAGUUACAAGAUAUAGAUACAGCUGGGCAGCCUAAUUUCUGUAAAAUUCACAAAGAAAAGUCACUGGAGUAUUAUUGCCAUAAUUGCUGUAAGGCUAUUUGUAUGGACUGCAUGAUGGUUGGUGGACAAAAAUCUUGCAAAAACCAUAAUGUUGUUUCCAUACAAGAAGUUAAUGAGUCCUUCAUGGAAGAUCUAAACGGUAUUUCUCCACAAGUAGAUGAAAUCUUUAGGAGGCUAACGAAGACAGCAGUGGACAUUGGAUAUUUGCUCCUUAAUUAUGAGAAUGAUACUGGUUCUGCUACAGACUUGGUUAAAAUAAUAGCCAGCAUUGAUCAGCACUUUUCAAAACUAAUGUCAAUUGUGCAAAAGCAUAAGAAGGACGUGAUCAACAUUAUUUUAAAUUUAAAAUGUUCGGAAAGAGACUCGUUGGAGAAUGCUAAAUCUGAUGUCGUGAACAGUAUAAAAAAAGCAAAAAGUAUAAUGAAGUGUAUUAAGGCCUUCUCUGACCCCCAAAAACUCAAGCAGGCUAAUAUAACAGCUCUUCUAGAAGAUGCAAAGGAUGUUACUAACGCGCCGUGGUAUUUGAAUAAAGAUGAUUCAAACAAGGAGGCUCUCAAGAUAAACGUUAAUGAAGAUCUUUGUUCGUUGAUCAAUGAUUAUGUGCAGUUGGAGGGUAAUGUCAAGUCUGUGUACAAGUUGUAUUCUACAGCAGAGUUAGACGGGGACGUUGAAAUACCACCACCGCCAAAAGCUCCUGUUCUGCCACCAGAACUGCCAAAAGAUGUACGAGAUGCAGUCAAACCAAAAUCAGAAAAAGAGGAGAACAAAAGACUCUAUAAAAAAGUACCGAGGUAUCACAGCAAAAGUGGUUCAGUGUCUUCACUUAAUUCCUUAGGCAGUGAGGGUUCAUACAAGAGUUACAUAACACAAAAUGAUCAUUAUCAACAGCCAUUAAUACAAACAGUUUCGCCGUUUCCUGAAAGCCAAGUUCUACCGCAACUUCAUGAAGGUUCUCAGGAAUUAAUAUAUAUUUCACACAUUGUGGAUCCGCAUAACUUCUAUGUGCAAAGGGCAUCCCAUCAAGGGUUUGUUAAGGAGAUGUUACGAGAAUUCCGUAACGCUGUGUCUUUCACAAAACCAUCGACUAAUCACAUAUCCAUGGGUAAAACCUAUUUAGCUUUCAACAAAGCUGAUAAUAUGUGGCAAAGAUGUCGCGUCAUACAAGUAGAUAAAAGUGAUCCGACCAAACAACCACUUAUCGAGGUCUUCUAUUUUGAUUUUGGCAGCAUUGAAACUGUUACCAUUGACAGAUUACGCCUUAUACCUGCACCCAGGAUUCAAUGUCCGUAUCCCCUGGCUCUUAACUGUUCGUUGGCAAAUUGUCAGCCGAAGAGCAGUGAUUGGACCAGUAGUGACUCUAUUCUCAUUCAGAAUAUAAUAGACAAUAAGCAAGCCGUCAUUCACAUUCGUCGUAUCAUAUACACUUCAACGGCAGAUUUCAAAUUGGAAUGUGACGUUAUAACAUUUGAACACGGUGUUAGUCUUGCUCACGCGCUUGCAUUCCAUGAUCGCGCAAUAAUGCCAAACCCUAAACAACGUUAUCCCCUACUCAGUGGUUUAAAAGAAAAACCAAAAAUAUACAUGAGUCACAAUGACUUUAAAACUGAUACCACUGAAGCCGUGUACAUAACACACGUUGUGAGUCCUGACAAGUUCUAUGUUCGAAAACAACAUCUGCAGGCUGUUUAUGAAAAGAUUUGUGAAGAUUUAGAUCAAGAAUAUAAUUUAUCUUCCAAUAUUGGAACAGUUUACUUACCCGAGUUAGGAAUGGUGUGCGUGGUGAACGUGGACAAGUACAACGCAGAGGGCGCGGUGGGUGAGGCCGAGGGAGCCGCGUGGGCGCGCGGCGUGGUGACGGAGCUGCCGGGGCGCGGCCGCGUGCGCGUGUUGCUGCCCGACACCGGCCUCGAGCUGCUGCUGCACUGGACCAAACUGCGCCACAUACACAACAAGUUCACCGCCAUCAGAGCCAUCGCUACAGAGUGCCACUUAGCUGGCGUGACACCAUUAAACAAGAAAUGGGCUCCCGGUUCAGUUACUUUACUGAAAAAAUACGAGGGAAGCUUACUAGAACUACAGGUAGAAGAUAGUCGUCGAAACCGGUCUAAUCAGAACCGAGGCUCUAUUGGGGUCACCCUACACGAUAAAACUGAUCCUGAGAACAUUAUAUGCAUCAAUCAUGAAAUGAUCAAGUAUAAAUAUGCCGUAACAAUUGGGGCUUAUAUGUUUCACAAAAAUCGAAUUGAAGAAACGGUCGUAACAAAUAAGUCACCACUAGAUGAACCGAAAAUAAAGAGUAAUAAAAUAACUGUUUUGAAAAAUCAGGAUAAAACUAUAAUUAAUGAAGUUGAUUUAGAGGCUAAAGACAAGGGACCUCUUAGGUUAGAGGCUAAAAUUUUACAUUACCAGUCGCCUUCGCUCAUAUACAUUUCGCUAGUUCAUCAAAAAAAACCUUUUAACGAGUUAUUCGAAAAAAUUCAGAAACACUAUUCUAAAAACAAAACUCAACUAGAAAAACAAUGGAAAGUUGGUGAUAGGUGCUGCACGAUGUGUAACCAAUCACAAACAUGGCGUCGCUCAAUCAUAAUGGAAUUUGAGGGGGAAAAAGCCAAAGUGUUUUAUUGCGAUUUCGCUUGCAUUGAAACUGUGCCUAUUUCAAGUUUAAGAGAACUAACAGCAGAGUUUGCGUCGUUUGGAGAUGCAGCUAUUAUGUGCCAUUUGUAUGGCAUCAUACCCGCCGUUGGAGAAGAAUGGCCGUCACUCACCAAAGAGUUUUUGAAGGAGCUCCUAGAUAUUUACAAGCGGAUAUUCAUUACAAAAAUUGGCAAUUUUAAAGAAAAAAGUAUGCCUAUUGAAAUAUGGGUGUAUCACACCAUACAGGGUGAUGCACUGGAACCCAACAAAUCCGAAUGGCGUUGCUUAAACAAAAAGAUUAUUGAACAAGGUCUAGGGGUACCAGACAAGUCUCAGAUGGUUGCGACCAAGGAAAAUACAGAAACGGAUAGAGACGGUAUUUUGUCGUUUCUAAACAUAACUGGAUCAGUUAAUGAGUGGCUACAAUUAGAUCCAUUACCAAUAGAGCCCAUCACCAAGAAAUCUGAAAAUGAAAAUAUACGAGCCUCGCCUUCCUCUUCAUUAGAAAGUGAUGAUAAUUAUCACAAAGCUCAAAAUGUAGACAUAAGUAACGUCAUGUAUGUUUCUGACUGGCUGCCUCCUGAACCAGUGACAACUAAAGAAUUUACUGGAAUACCAACGUAUAUUGAUAAUACUGGUGUGAUUUAUCUACACGACGUAGCACAAACAGACACAUUAGAUCUUAUUCGUAAGGCACUUGAAGUACGUUUCAAAUCCCCAGACCCGAAAGCAAAAUAUACAAAAUGGAGUAUCGGUGAACCAUGUGUUGCACUGUAUUACUUAGACAAUAGAUAUUAUAGAGGAAGGGUAGUCGAUGUCGAUUAUGAAGCGUUGAGUUGUGUUAUUAGUUAUGUGGAUUAUGGUAACGAAGACCCAUGCACUUUCUCGAAUUUAAGGAAAAGUGUCCCACUACAUCAAAUACCGAUUCAAGCACGUAAGUUUAGUUUGAGUCGGAUCCGUCCGGUUGGCGGCAGUUGGGACCGGGAAACAUUGGACUAUCUUCAUAAAUCAGUUGUUGAUAAAAAAUGUCAUAUUAAAGUAACAGGAGAUGCAAUCAAUGGAAUUACACCAAUAGAAAUUAAAUAUGAGCAGUUGUCGAUCAACGACCACUUGGUUGAUUUUGAAAUGGCUGAAUACACAGACGGAUCAAAAUCUCUCAUAAAGAAAUUCGCACCCGUCCCUUUAGAAAAACAUGAAGAAGAAACUAUAACAAUUGCCUCAGAUUCUGGACCUGAUUAUAUAGUUGUAGAUGAAACUGAAACAGACACGUGUGAGCCCAUAGACGACGAUUUUUUCGAAGUAAGUUCUAUGAAAGGGGUAGAUUGGAAUAAAAUUAUGGAUGAACCCAUUGAUGGUAAUUAUGUAACAUAUCCAGAACAUACUAAUAAAGAAUUUACAUGUAACAUUACAAUUAUAAACGACUUACACGUACUCGAAUUAACUAUUAUUUCCGAUGAGGAUACUACUACUUUAUAUGAACAAUUAUUUGAAGAUCUACAAGUUGAAAGUCAAAAUUUGCCAUUAAUAAAUGGUAUUUUUGAAAAUAAAGCUUGUAUCGCGAUUUUUCCGGAUGACGGUCAAUGGUAUCGAGCAUCAAUUUUGCAAUUCAGUGAGGCAAAAAAACAAAUUAAAGUUAGAUAUGUUGACUAUGGCAAUACUGAAGUUAUUUCUAUAGGUGACACAAGAGAAAUAUUAGAUGAAUGGACAAAGCUGCCGCCGGCUACAAUAUCGGCAAAACUAUAUGGAGUCAAAAUAAAUCCACAGUUGGAUAUUGAAGACGUUACAAAAGAGUACGCGAAGGUAUUUCUAGAUCGAGGACCAUUUAAAGCUAAAAUCGUAACUUUCGAAAAUUCGAUUCCGUUGGUAGAAUUAAAAAAUUAUAAAAAUGACUUAAUAUAUAAAGAACUCAUUGAAAAAGAUAUUUUUAUUGUGACUAACUAA